AGGGCUGCCUCGGACGCUCCGCUGGGCCUCCGGGGCCUGGCUCGGGAUUAAGGCCUCCUUGGGGCUGAGCCUCCCUCCGCCCGCCUGGCUGCCUGCCUUGGGCUCCUCUUCUUCCCUGGGAGGCUCCCUAGUCUCCCUCCCUUGGCUCGGGCUCCGUCCGGGAUGAAGCUGAAGAAGCAGGUGACGGUGUGCGGGGCGGCCAUCUUCUGCGUGGCCGUCUUCUCGCUCUACCUGAUGCUCGACCGCGUCCAGCCCGAUCCGGCCAGGAGCCCCGGCGCCGCCAGCUUCCCCCGGAGCCAGAUCUCGGUGCUGCAGAACCGCAUCGAGCAGCUGGAGCAGCUCCUGGAGGAGAACCACGAGAUCAUCAGCCACAUCAAGGACUCGGUGCUGGAGCUCACCGCCAACGCCGAGGCCCAGGCCCAGGGGGGGCCCCGGGAGGGCCGCUCGGGGGCCCCUGGCCUGGCCCUGCCCCUCCGCCUCCCCAACGGCUCCUGGCUCCUGCCCCCCGAGGGCCGCCCCACCUUCCUGGCCCUGGCCCCCCAGGACUGCCGCUUCGCCCUCCGCAGCAGCACCGACACCAGCAGCACCGCCAGCAGCAGCAGCAGGCCCCGGGCCCAGCAGCAGCAGCAGCAGCAGCAGGCGGCCUUGCAGAUGAUGGCCGUCUCCGCCUCGCUGCCCUUCGACAACCAGGACGGCGGGGUCUGGAAGCAGGGCUUCGACAUCAGCUACGAACCCCACGAGUGGGACGAGGGCGGCCUGCGGGUCUUCGUGGUGCCCCACUCCCACAACGACCCAGGCUGGAUCAAGACCUUUGACAAGUAUUACUUCGACCAGACGCAGCACAUCUUGAACAGCAUGGUGACCAAGCUGCAGGAGGACCCACGGCGGCGCUUCAUUUGGUCCGAGGUCUCCUUCUUCUCCAAAUGGUGGGACAACAUCAGUGCCCAGAAACGGGCUGCCGUCCGCAGGCUUGUGGGCAAUGGGCAGCUGGAGAUGGCGACCGGAGGCUGGGUGAUGCCGGACGAAGCCAACUCCCACUACUUUGCCAUGAUCGACCAGCUCAUCGAAGGACACCAGUGGCUGGAGAAGAACAUUGGGGUGAUGCCACGGUCUGGCUGGGCCGUAGAUCCCUUUGGCCACAGCGCCACCAUGCCAUACAUCCUGCGCCGUGCCAACCUGACCAGUAUGCUCAUCCAGCGGGUCCACUACGCCAUCAAGAAGCACUUUGCAGCUACCAAGAAUCUGGAGUUCAUGUGGAGGCAGAGCUGGGAUCCAGACUCCAGCACAGACAUCCUUUGCCACAUGAUGCCCUUCUACAGCUACGAUGUGCCCCACACUUGUGGUCCUGACCCCAAGAUCUGCUGCCAGUUUGACUUCAAGCGCCUGCCAGGGGGGCGUAUCAACUGCCCCUGGAAAGUGCCACCCAAAGCCAUCACCAGCGCCAAUGUGGCUGAGCGGGCCCAGCUCCUGCUGGACCAGUACCGGAAGAAGUCUAAGCUCUAUCGGAGCAAGGUGCUGCUGGUGCCACUGGGAGACGACUUCCGCUACGACAAGCCCCAGGAGUGGGACGCCCAGUUCCUCAACUACCAGCGUCUCUUUGACUUCUUCAAUGCCCAUCCUGACCUCCAUGUGCAGGCUCAGUUUGGGACGCUCUCGGAUUAUUUUGAUGCCCUGUACAAAGAGACGGGCAUCGUCCCAGGCAUGCAGCCACCUGGCUUUCCAGUGGUCAGCGGGGAUUUCUUCUCCUACGCAGACCGAGAGGACCACUACUGGACCGGCUACUACACCUCCCGGCCCUUCUACAAGAGCAUGGGCCGUGUGCUGGAGGCCCAUCUCCGUGGCGCUGAGAUCUUGUACAGCUUGGCUGUGAGUCAUGCUCGCCAUGCUGGGAUGGACAGCAAAUAUCCACUCUCAGACUAUGCCCUGCUUACGGACGCCCGGCGAAACCUGGGCCUCUUCCAGCACCAUGAUGCUAUCACUGGCACAGCCAAGGAGGCUGUAGUUGUGGACUACGGUGUCAGGCUGCUCCACUCCCUAAUGAAUGUCAAGCGUGUGAUCAUCAAUGCUGCCCAUUACCUGGUCCUGGCAGAUAAGGAGACCUACCACUAUGGCCUGGCAGAGCCCUUCCUUGGUGCAGAUGAGACGCGUCUCAAUCAGGACUCCCUGCCGGAGAAAACCGUGAUCAAGCUGGAGGCUGCCCCAAGGUUUGUGGUCGUGUUCAACUCCUUGGAACAAGAGCGCCUGAGCGUGGUGUCCCUCCUGGUGAACACGCCGCGCGUCCGGGUCCUGAAUGAGGAGGGUCAGCCCCUGGCUGUCCAGCUCAGCGCUCAGUGGAAUUCUGCCACGGACAUGGCCCCCGACAUCUUCCAGGUCUCUGUCAUCCUUCGGCUUCCAGCGCUGGGCCUCACCGUCCUGCAGCUGAUCAAGUCCUAUGACAGCCACAACACGUUCAAGUCCUCCAUGCGCCUCUUCCUGAACGGCCGCGAUCUUCCCGUGCGCAAGUACGAGGCCUUCCCAGUGAAAGUCAUCCCUGCAGCCCCGGAUGACUUCUGCCUGGAGAACCAGCACAUGAGGGCUUGUUUCUCGGGGCCCAGUGGAGCACUCAAGAGUGUGGCACAACCUGGAGGUGAAGAGGAGUGGAGGCUGACCAGCCAGUUCCUCAUUUAUGGGACCAGGAGCACCAAGGACAAAAGUGGCGCCUACCUCUUCCUGCCUGACGGAGAAGCCAAGCCUUAUGUCCCCAAGGACCCUCCCCUGAUUCGAGUGUCUGAGGGACCAUUCUUCUCAGAGGUGGCUGUGUACUAUCAGCAUGUCCAGGAACUAGUUCGCCUCUACAAUGUGCCAGGGGUGGAUGGGCUCUCCUUGGAGAUCUCUUGCCUGGUGGACAUCCGAGACCACGUCAACAAGGAGCUGGCAUUGCGGUUCAGUACAGACAUUGAGAGCCAGGGGACUUUUUUCACUGACCUCAAUGGCUUCCAGAUCCAGCCUCGGCAGUACCUGAAGAAGCUGCCCCUCCAGGCCAACUUCUACCCCAUGCCAGUUAUGGCCUACAUCCAGGACAUGCAGACUCGCCUGACCUUACACACAGCCCAGGCCCUGGGUGUCUCCAGCCUCAAUAAUGGCCAGCUGGAGGUGAUCCUCGACCGGCGCCUCAUGCAGGACGACAACCGGGGCCUCGGACAAGGGCUGAAAGACAACAAGCGGACCUGCAACCGUUUCCGUCUCCUCCUGGAGCGACACAGCCAAGCCAACAAGGUCCUGGAUGGCCAGCCGGUCAGCUUCCCAUCACUGCUGAGCCACAUGAGCUCCAUGCAACUGAACACUGAGGUGCUGGCCAUGCCGCUCGCCCCGGAGAAGCCCUCACCUCCGGCCCUGCGGUCCUUUGUGCCUUUGACAGCCACUCUCCCCUGCGACUUCCACCUCCUCAACCUGCGCAGCCUGCAAGGAGAGGAUGACUCCCUGCCCUCCACUGAGAUGGCUCUGAUCCUGCACCGGAAGGGCUUUGACUGCGGCCUGGAGGCCAGGAACCUGGGCUUCAACUGCACCACCACCCAGGGCAUGGUGGCCCUGGGGGGGCUGUUCCAAGGCCUGGAAGUGGCCUCCUUGCAGCCCUACUCCUUGACACUGAUGUAUCCGCUGGCCCCUUCGCCCCUCAACAGCACUGUUGUCCACUUAGACCCCAUGGAAAUUGCCACCUUCCGCCUUCGCCUCGGGUAGCACCCCUGGCCAGACUGGGUCAAACUGGAGAUAACGGCCAGCCAGGCAUAGCAGAAGGGUCUGGCUGUGGAUGCAUCUUUCUUCCGCUCCCUGCCUCAGGGCCUGCCAAGUGUUGCCUUGAAGGUUGGGGAGUACAGCCAGGGCGCUGCAAAGGCCAAACUGCUGUGUUUUUAUUUAUUUUUUCUCAAAGAUGCUGUGGCAAAAGCCAGUGGCAGCCGCCGCAUUGCUGCCAACAUGUGAAGUCCUUGGACACAAAGGCCUGGGCGUUGUGAUCCCAGCUGCUCAGGGUGAUGUGCGACCGGAGGAGUGUUGGGGGUGGCAGGGGCACACUGGAGAAAGCCCAGCCCAGCCUCAGCCCCUGCCCUGCCCGCUCUCAGGGAGGGAGGCUGGAUGUUCUCCCCUUGGCUGCCCACUGAGGGAUGGCAGACUUGAUGAUGUAGCAAACACUGGAAGGUAAUGAAGUGUGUGAGCUUCCUAGAGCUAGGAAGAAGCUUUGAGAAAACAUUUGAAAAGCA